GAGCACCAUUCACUGCUGUCAUACGUUUGCUGCUCUUCUAUAUUCCUGCCCUUCCCAUGAUGCUGUGAUUUUUCCUGCCGUGGAUUUUCCAUGUUGGGUUACGUACUUCAGGAAAACCUUAAGAGCUAAACAGAUUCACAUUUGCUUUUGGAAAAGCGUGUCGGACUGGUCAACAUACUGGUGGAUCGCGCUUUCUUUUUUGAAGACUAAUAGGGACUGAAUUGGGAAUAAUAUCUCAAGAACGCUGGAUGCUACAGUGUGUGGCAGGAUACAGUGGACUGGUUCUGGGUUCAGGGGAAGAUGCCUGCUAUCCUAGUGGUCACUAACAUGAAGUCUGGACUGCCGAAGCCGAUCCACAGCGCCCUCCCCAUCCCGCAGGUGCCCACCCGAGCUGUGGCCCCCCGGCCCUGCUUCACCAGCCCCCCGCAGAGCAACGCUCACCUCCACCUCGAGACUCAGAGCGGGUGGGCAACAGGCAAAAACUACCAUCCUGCUGACAGUGGAGAGGACACACAGAUCUACACGGACUGGGCGAAUCACUAUUUGGCCAAAUCAGGACACAAGCGGCUGAUUAAAGACCUGCAGCAGGAUGUGAGUGACGGCGUGCUUCUGGCUGAGAUCAUCCAGGUUAUCGCAAAUGAGAAGAUUGAGGACAUUAAUGGAUGCCCCAAGAGUCGUUCUCAGAUGAUUGAGAACAUUGAUGCCUGUCUGAGCUUCCUAGCAGCCAAAGGUGUGAACAUUCAGGGACUUUCAGCUGAAGAGAUCCGGAAUGGAAAUCUGAAAGCCAUCUUGGGGCUUUUUUUUAGCCUGUCUCGAUACAAGCAGCAGCAGACGACGAACAGACAGAUGCACACGCAACACACACAGUCACACACUCCCUUAAUCCAGCAGAGCAGCACUCUGGCCCAGCUGACCACUUCGCAUGGGACGCACACACACAAAACACAGCCAGAGAUGCAGUCCAGAUUACCUGGCCCCACCUCGAGGAUGUCCACUGCGGGCAGUGAGAGUUCUCCUCGAGGGUCCAUCAGUUCAGCAGGGAAUCGCCGCAGUCAGGUGUUCAGCGAUAAAGCCAAACCUGCAGCAGCAGCUCAGGCCAAAGAAUCAUCAGAGUGUGUCUCCUCACAUGGCGUGACUGAGCACACUCUGUCAUCCCUGGCGUCCGCCUGCACCUCUGUUAGCACCAGCACUGUGGCAUCUUCAUCUUCAUCAUCAGCCAUCCCCCAGCCCAACUCGAGUAGCAAACCCUGGAGAAGCAAAUCUCAGAGCACCAAGCACACUGCUACCUCCACCGCUACCUCCACGGUGCUUUCCAUCAAAUCAGAUCUCCAAGCCAAGGAGCCCGUGCCUGCAGAGCCGCCACCAAAAGCUGUGCCUCAAAAGUCCAUGCUGGAGAAACUCAAACUUUUCAACAGCAAAGGAGGCUCCAAGUCAUCCACGCAAGCAGAGAGCGCCGUUACGCCGACAGGAGGAAAAGAUGGCGGUUUGGUUUUAGAAAGAGUCGAGGCUGGUUCCAAUACAAAACCCACUGAGGAAAUGGAUGGGAAUGUCAGGCCCACGAACGGAUCGAGUGCCGUUAUGAUGACAACCAGCAGCCCAAAGAUUGCACUAAAGGGCAUUGCGCAACGGACAUUUAGCCGGGCGCUCACAGGAAAAAAAGCCUCAACUAAAGCCAUAGAUAAAGAAAAAGAACGAGCUAAAGAAAAAGACAAAAAUGGGAAAGAGGGGUCAAGGUGUGUCCCUUCCUCCGAAAAGGUAGAGAUCAAAGAGGAAGUUAGGGAGGAAGUUGUUCCCUCAAGCAGAGUUGCUCCCUCCGAGGCAGAGCCCAGGAAAGCCUCCAAGAUCGCCAGCUUCAUACCCAAAGGCGGCAAAGUGGGCGGUACCAAGAAAGAUAGCCCCGCCCCUGUGCAAAGCGGAAUUCCAAAACCAGGAAGUAAAAACACUGGAAAUGGAGCGGUAAAAAGUUCAGCGUUGCCCCUCAGUGGUAAAGACAAUGAGAGGCCCCGCAGUAUGCGUCUGGGAGGGGGUCUGGGACUUCAUAGGGACAGCCGACAUUCCUCGUCCUCUUCCAGCCUGGCUUCCGCCGAGGGGAAAGGACACCACAGCGCCGCCCCGGUGGCCAACGGAACACAAUCCACGGCCAGCAACACAGUCAGUGUGCAGCUGCCUCAGCCACAGCAGCAGUACAGCCACCCCAACACAGCCACCGUAGCACCCUUCAUGUACAGGUCUCAGAAUGAGGCAGAUGGAAACAUUGGCACAAUCCCAAGCUGUGGAUGUCGUAGUAGUGACUCCAGUAGCUUCAGUAAGAUCAACCAGUCUUCUACUGAGGACCUGUCAGGUGAAGAUCCAGAGACCAGACGUCUGAGGACUGUCAAAAAUAUUGCUGACCUGCGGCAGAAUUUAGAAGAGACCAUGUCAAGUUUGCGGGGGACGCAAAUCACACACAGCACACUGGAGACCACUUUUGAUGGUAGCGUUACUACUGAAAUGAGCAGUCGCAGCAUCCUCAGCAUGGCAUCUCGCCCCGCGCCGCUGUCCUGGGCCAGUCGCAUAGGCCAGUCCAGCCCCCGUCUACAAGCAGGAGAUGCUCCCUCGGUUGGUAACGGGUAUCAGUCCCGCAGCGGAGGUGUGGCGUCCGGCCAGGGCCGUUAUCUGUACCAGGCUCCUCUACGGAAGCAGCUGGCAGCGCGUGGCAGCGCCCUCUGUGGCCUGGAGCUGGGAGACAGGGUGGAGGAUCUGGAGCUGGCAGGUGUGGGGCUGGAAAUGAGUGGCUACAUGAGUGAUGGAGACGUGUUGGCUAAGAACGCCCGCUCUGAUGAGCUGACCAGCGGGAUCCUCUUCCCUCCAACCGUCAGUCUGAUCUGUCUACAGCACACCUGUGCAGCCAUAGCACACCUGGGUAACUGGAUCAACAUGAUGAGCAUGUUUAAGCAUUCAAAGCAGGCAGACCUUAUGACCAGAGACAGAGAAAUGCUGGGAAUCUCACAGGCUCGAUUCUUUCAGGCCAUGAUGAAAGCUCUGUUGCUAAGGAAAGUCGGGCAGAUGAGAGACUCUGUCUCUCUGUUUGUCUGUGUGUCGAUAUGUGUGAAUGUGAGUGAGCGUUUCUCUGGCUUCUUGGUCUAUGGCGACUCCAGCGAUCUGCAGGCAUUUAAGAUCAUGAGGCAUCUUUUCCCUGAAAUCAAUCUCAUUAUUUCCACCUCGGCUACUGGCAUCUAUGGCAGGCACGGACAUCGAGUCAGUUGGGAUGACAGUAGUUCAGUCAGCAGUGGGGUCAGUGAUGCUAUUGAUACUGAUGACAUCAACACCGGCUCCUCUGUAAGCUCUUAUGCCAACACCCCCGCCGCGUCCCGUAAGGCUUUGAACGGACAGCCUCAGACAGAUGCAGAGAAGCAUUCAGCAACCGAACGCAACACUGCUUGGUCCAGUGAUGAGGUCAAGAUGAAGUCAGACGGGGGUUUGGAAGCAGGUCUGAAGUGGCGGCGGAACCCUUCAGAUGUUUCGGAGGAGUCAGAUAAGUGCAGCUCUGGACGGAAAACCGCACCCAUCACUCAGACGGGCUCCUGGAGGAGGGGCAUGAGCGCGCAGGUGGGCGUGACCGCGCCGCGGACGAAGAGUACAACUGCAACCACAGGAACCGGCAUGAUAAAGACACAAGGAACGGGUAAAACAGAUGACGCCAAGGUCUCCGAAAAAGGCCGCAUGUCUCCCAGUUCCAACAUCGUCCAGCAUUCCUCCUCCGAUGCCGGUCGAAGCAGCGGAGACGAAGCCAAGAAAACGCCCGCAGGCCGAGUCCCCACAAGCACAUUCGGUUUCAAGAAGCCUAACGGCGCCCACGGCCCGGCCACUGUGGUAACCACCUCCAGCAUCACUCUGGUGACAGCGAGCGGUGCCACCAUUACCAGUGGCUCUGCCACCCUGGGCAAGAUUCCCAAAUCCUCUGCCCUUCUGGUCGGUGGGAGAGCAUCAUUAAAAGGGGCUGUGGAUGGUUUAUUGCCCCCUCAAGAAGAUGGCUACCUGUCCCCCAGUGCUCGUUCAACGCUGCAGUACCGAAGUCUACCGCGACCCUCUCGUUCUGGAGCCACGUCCCGUAACGGAAACCGAUCGUCCACAAGCAGCAUCGAGUCAAGCUUGAGCUCCCGGACGCCCGUCCUUACUGCCGUCACGACUAGCAAACCGAGAGAUUCUGGCACUAAAAUCAACGGGCACGCAAUCCAAGCCAAUCAGACGGACAAAGAGAAGGGCGUGGCCUCAGAGAUGGACAACCUGAGAACCAAUCCGAUCGUUUCGGGAGGAGGGGCAGCAACUAUCCCACAGACAGCGAGACAGGGAAACAAGUAUAGUGAGGUCUCGUCUCCAACAUUAAGAAGACUUUUUGGUGGUAAGGCUGCUAAACAGGCCCCGGUUACCUCUGCAGAGAGCAUGAAAAACUCCGUCGUCAUCUCCAACCCCCACGCUACCCUUGGGCACACCCAGUCCUUCGGUGGGCCCUUGGACUCCCCCAACACAAUACCAGGCAGCGGCGGCAGCAGUCCCCUGUACGGGGGCCGCGGCGCCAGCAUAGGGGGCAGCGAACAAGCUUCGAGCCCUGGUUCGGUGUACUCAACGUGCACUGGGACCUGGGGCACCACCAUCAGCAGCUCUUCGGCUCUCGGCUACCCCUCCGUCAGCAGCAUGCACACCAGCAGCGAGUCUAUCGACAUGUCAGUGGGCAGCGGGCAUCACCGCGACGAUGUCCACCCGUUACUGAUGCGGACGGGUAGUGCCAAGACAGGCAUGUCAGAGAGUCCCCUGUCCUCUCCCUCUGCAAGUCCUAAAUUCAGCCGUAACACGUUGCCCCGGAAGCAAGACAGGUACGCCCCUUCAACACAGCUGCGUCAAGAAGAGGCGCGUGAUUGGCUGCGCUCACAUUCGGCCGGUGGAUUGCAGGACUCAACCAGUAACUCUCCCUUCUCCACCGGCUCCAGCUUGACGUCACCAUCCGGAACGCGGUUUAACUUUGCUCAACUUGGAAGCCCCACCACGGGUGCUCAGAUUAAUCUAGCCAGCCUGCGCAACAACAGCCUGACCAAUCAGGACAACCCGCUGGACAGCCAUGGUGAUUCCCGUCUGCGCAACUCCUGCAUGUCUCUGGAUGAGAAGACCCGCACCAUGAGCCGGUCGGGAUCCUUCAGGGACGGGUUCGAGGAAGUUCAUGGAUCAUCCCUCUCACUGGUGUCCAGCACCUCUUCUGUCUAUUCAACGAUCCGCAAGCUGCGUCGAGAACUGGACGCCUCCCAGGAAAAGGUGUCCGCCCUGACAACGCAACUCAGUGCCAAUUGCAAGAGUGAACGCACAGGUAAUAAUAGUUCAGCCCCCGGAGCGCAGCCGGACCUGCGCAUGCGCAGACAGCACUCAUCUGACAGCGUCUCCAGCAUCACCAGCGCCACCAGCCACUCCAGCCUGGGCUCCAACAUGGACAACACCGACUCCAGCAGCAAGAAGAAGAAGAAGAACUGGCUGCGGAGCUCCUUCAAACAGGCCUUCAGUAAGAAGAAAUCACCCAAAUCAGCUUCGUCCCACUCAGACAUUGAGGAGAUGACGGAUUCCUCUCUCCCUUCCUCUCCCAAACUCCCUCACAACGGCACCAGCACCUCGGCACUGCUGCUCCGCAACACACACUCCAGCUCAAUACUGUCAGACUGUCUGGAUGGGGAGGCGGAGUCUGUGAUGCAGCUGCGUAACGAGCUGCGAGAGAAGGAGAUGAAGUUGACGGACAUUCGACUGGAAGCCCUAAGCUCCGCCCACCAGCUGGACCAGCUGCGGGAGGCUAUGAACCGCAUGCAGGUGGAGAUCGAGAAGUUAAAGGUGGAAAAUGAUCGUCUUAAGUUGGAAAGCCAAGCCAGUGGGAGCAGGGCGUCCUCUCAAGUGUCCGUCUAUAACGCGACCCCGACCCCCACACCUGGCCUGUCUCAACACAGCCUCAACCUCACAGAGUCCACCAGCUUCGACAUGUUGUUGGAUGACUCUGGUGGAGACGGAAGUUCUCGUAAAGAGAGCAGAAAUGUAAAAAUAGUUGUCAGUCUUCAAGAGGACGUCACGUGGAAAGAGGACUGCAGGACUCGAGACUUCCUGAUUGGCUGCAUUGGUGUCAGUGGAAAAACCAAGUGGGAUGUUCUGGAUGGGGUUGUACGACGCUUGUUUAAGGCGUUUGGUUCACUGACCUGUGGAACUACUCCAUCAUCCCCUACAUGCUGGAGGCUCCCGUAUAUAAUCGGCACGAUGAGUCAGGCGACAUCUUCUGCUCCAAACCUGCAACUUCAUCAUAACUUCAGAUGGGUGCUGUGUGCUAAUCACAUGGAGCCAGUAAAAGGUUUCCUGGGCCGGUUUCUGAGGAGGAAGCUGAUUGAGACAGAGAUCGGCAGCCGAACACGUAACCUGGAGCUGGUGAAGAUCAUAGACUGGAUCCCUCAGGUCUGGCACCACCUCAACCGCUUCCUGGAGGCCCACAGCUCCUCUGAUGUGACCAUUGGUCCACGUUUGUUCCUGUCAUGUCCGAUGGAUCUGUACGGUCACAGAGCUGCAUGGGAGGAUCCUGCGCUGUGGGUUCUGGAGACUUUUCCAUGGGCAGCUUCUCAUCAGCACCCUGAUUGGCCAGCUUUGCUGCAGCUCCGCCCAGAGGACGUGGGCUUUGAUGGAUACUCCGCCUCCAGAGAGGGCCUUAACAAACAGAGUACGCAGAGUGACAGUGAUGCCGACCCACUGAUGAACAUGCUCCUGCGUCUGAAAGAGGCGGCCAGCUGCUCCAGCCCGCAGAGCUACGACAGUGACUCCAAUAGUAACAGUCACCAUGAUGACAUCCUGGACUCUUCGCUGGAGUCCACGUUAUGAUCCAGCCUGAUCCGUGAACUCUAAUCAAGUCAUUACAUCACAUC